AUGGCGGCUCCAGAAAUAGUGGAGGUGGAGCCGGAAGCCAACAUCAGAGGCCCUGAGAUAGUCACCAUGGGGGAAAAUGAUCCUCCAGCAGCCGAAGCCCCCUUCUCCUUCCGAUCACUCUUUGGCUUGGAUGAUUUGAAAAUAAGUCCUGUGGCACCAGAUGCAGAUGCAGUGGCUGCGCAGAUCUUGUCCCUGCUGCCUUUGAAGUUUUUUCCGAUCAUCGUCAUUGGGAUCAUUGCCUUGAUACUGGCGCUGGCCAUCGGCCUGGGCAUCCACUUUGAUUGCUCUGGAAAGUACAGGUGCCAUUCAUCUUUCAAGUGCAUCGAACUGACCGCUCGGUGCGACGGGGUCUCUGACUGCAAGGACGGGGAGGAUGAGUACCGGUGUGUGCGGGUGAGUGGCCAGAGAGCAGCACUUCAGGUGUUCACCGCCGCCGCCUGGAGGACCGUGUGCUCCGACGACUGGAAAAACCACCAUGCCAAGGUCGCCUGUGGCCAGCUGGGGUUUCCCAGCUAUGUGAGCUCAGACCACCUGAGAGUGGACGCACUGGAGGAGCAGUUCCAGGGCGACUUUGUGUCCAUCAAUCACCUCUUGCCAGAUGACAAGGUGACCACGCUGCACCACUCCGUGUACGUGAGGGAAGGCUGUGCCUCGGGCUAUGUGGUCACCUUGAAGUGCUCGGCCUGUGGCCUGAGAACUGGCUACAGCCCCCGCAUUGUGGGUGGAAACAUGUCCUCGCUCGCCCAGUGGCCCUGGCAAGUCAGUCUCCAGUUCCAGGGGUACCACCUAUGCGGGGGUUCUGUCAUCACCCCUCUGUGGAUCGUCACGGCUGCGCACUGUGUCUAUGACCUGUACCACCCCAAGUCCUGGACUGUCCAGGUGGGUCUUGUGUCCCUGAUGGACAGUCCUGUGCCCUCCCAUCUGGUGGAGAAAAUCAUCUACCACAGCAAGUACAAGCCAAAGCGGCUGGGCAAUGACAUCGCCCUCAUGAAGCUGGCCGAGCCGCUCACCUUUGACGAGACUAUCCAGCCUAUCUGUCUGCCCAACUCUGAAGAGAACUUUCCUGACGGGAAACUGUGCUGGACAUCGGGAUGGGGGGCCACGGAGGACGGAGGUGAUGCCUCCCCUGUCCUGAACCACGCGGCUGUCCCUUUGAUUUCAAACAAGAUCUGCAACCACAGGGAUGUAUACGGCGGCAUCAUCUCCCCGUCCAUGCUCUGUGCAGGCUAUCUGAAGGGCGGUGUGGACAGUUGUCAGGGCGACAGUGGGGGGCCCCUGGUGUGCCAGGAGAGGAGACUGUGGAAGCUGGUGGGUGCAACAAGCUUUGGCAUCGGCUGUGCCGAGGUGAACAAGCCUGGAGUCUACACCCGCAUCACCUCCUUCCUAGACUGGAUUCAUGAACAGUUGGAGAGAGACCUGAAGACUUGA